GUUGCAUUAGUUUCACAACAGGUGACCCCCACCCCUCCGCCAAAAUCCGGCUAUUAGAUGUGACCACGAGGUUGAUAAGGCGAAGCCACCAUGUCUUAAACACAGACGGGCCCUCUGGAGCCCUAUCUCCCCACCCUGGCCAAUCUUCCUCCUCCCUCAUCCACCACCUUACCCCUUACCCAAUCCCCAUCCCUCUCCCAGACUUCCCUGGACAUGUGAGGGACAGGCUACCUAACCCUGGCUCCCCACUGGCACAUCCUUCCCCUCCCUCAGGAGAGAUGACCCUGCAGAAGCACCAGCCGCUGAGUGGUGGUAGUGGUGGGGUGAUGGGUUCAGACCGGGACCUGCACUCCACUGCUUCCUCCAUCUCCCUGCCCUCGGUGAAAAAGGCCCCCAAGAAGAGGCGCCUCUCUUUGACGUCUCUUUUCAGACGGCGAGGAUGGGAGCCCAAAUCAGGGCGCCAAAGGUCCCGAGAGCUCCAGCAACCUGGACCUAGUAGCCUUGGAGGGGUGGAUGGCAUCGCCAGCAUCGAGAGCAUCCACUCUGAGAUGUGUAAUGACAAGAACUCUGCCUUCUUCUAUGUGGCUGGGACCGGAGCUGCCUCUGCCUCUGCUGCUGCUGCUGCUGCCACCACCUCAUCUGCCUCAGGGCCUUCUUCCUCUACCUCCUCCUCUUCCUCCACCUCAAGGGGAGGGGGUGGGGUGGGAGCAGAGCUACUGGAGUGCCCGCUGUGCCUUCUGCGCCACUCAAGGGAGAACUUCCCUGACAUCAUGACCUGUCACCACCGGUCCUGCAUCGACUGCCUGCGCCAGUACCUGCGCAUUGAAAUCUCAGAGUCACGGGUCAACAUCAGCUGCCCAGAGUGCUCAGAGCGCUUCAACCCGCACGACAUCCGCAUGAUAUUGAGUGAUCGGGCACUCAUGGAGAAAUAUGAGGAGUUCAUGCUGAGGAGAUGGCUUGUGGCUGACCCUGACUGCCGCUGGUGCCCUGCACCAGACUGUGGAUAUGCAGUGAUAGCCUUCGGCUGUGCCAGCUGUCCUAAGAUCACGUGCGGCAGGGAGGGCUGUGGUACUGAGUUCUGUUACCACUGUAAGCAGCUGUGGCAUCCCAACCAAACCUGUGAUGCAGCACGGCAGCAGAGAGCGCAAAGCCUGCGCCUGAGGACCGUCCGCUCAUCCUCCCUCAGCUAUAGUCAAGAGAGCGGAGCUGCAGCUGAUGACAUCAAGCCAUGUCCGCGUUGUGCUGCUUACAUCAUCAAGAUGAAUGAUGGAAGCUGUAACCACAUGACCUGCGCCGUCUGCGGCUGUGAGUUCUGUUGGCUCUGUAUGAAGGAAAUCUCAGACCUGCACUACUUGAGUCCAUCAGGCUGUACUUUCUGGGGAAAGAAGCCAUGGAGCAGGAAGAAGAAGAUCCUGUGGCAACUGGGAACACUUGUGGGGGCCCCUGUCGGCAUCGCACUCAUAGCCGGCAUAGCUAUUCCCGCCAUGAUUAUCGGCAUCCCUGUUUAUGUGGGAAGGAAGAUCCAUAACCGCUACGAAGGCAAAGAUAUUUCCAACCACAAGAGGAACCUGGUGAUUGCUGGUGGGGUGACGCUCUCCGUCAUUGUGUCACCAGUGGUAGCUGCAGUCACUGUCGGCAUCGGCGUUCCAAUCAUGCUUGCGUAUGUCUAUGGUGUGGUGCCCAUCUCUCUGUGCCGUAGCGGAGGUUGUGGCGUCUCAGCUGGGAAUGGCAAAGGAGUUCGUAUAGAGUUUGAUGAUGAAAAUGACAUGAAUGUUGGCAGUGGGGCAGCUGCCACUGACACUACAUCCGUGGCAGACACAAGGAACAACCCCAGUAUAGGUGAGGGCAGUGUUGGGGGGUUGACGGGCAGCCUGAGUGCCAGUGGCAGCCACAUGGACCGUCUGGGCGCCAUCAGGGACAACCUGAGUGAGACGGCCUCCACCAUGGCCUUGGCUGGAGCCAGCAUCACUGGCAGCCUCUCAGGCAGUGCCAUGGUCAACUACCUGAACAGGCUGGAGGUGCAGGCUGAUGUGCAGAAGGAACGCUGUAGUCUCAGCGGUGAAUCUGGCACCGUCAGCCUUGGUACAAUCAGUGACAAUGCUAGCACCAAAGCAAUGGCUGGAUCCAUUCUUAACGCCUACAUGCCCCUAGACAGAGAUGGGAACAGUAUGGAGGUCCAGGUUGACAUUGAAUCCAAACCUAGCAAACGACGGCACCACAGCGGCAGCAGCAGUAUAGAUGACGGUAGCCACGUUGGCCGCUGUGGCUGGACCUGCCCUUCUAAUGGCUGCACCUCCUCAGAAGGCAAAGGAACCUCUACCAAGUGGGCCAAAGAGGCCUCUUGCUGCUCCUCCACCAGCUGCGGGGGAAAAAAGAGUAAAGGCAAGCUACGCAAGAAAGGCUGCGGAGGCACAAAGAUCAACGAGACGCGGGAGGACAUGGAUGCUCAGCUGCUGGAGCAGCGCAGCACCAACUCCUCCGAGUUCGAUUCUCCUUCACUGAGCGGCAGCCUGCCCUCGGUGGCUGACUCCCACUCCAGCCACUUCUCUGAGUUCAGUUGCUCCGAUCUGGAAAGCAUGAAGACGUCCUGUAGCCAUGGCUCCGGUGGAGGCGAUUACAACAUGCGCUUUGCCACCGUCAGCCCCUUACCUGAGGUGGAGAAUGACCGUCUGGAAACCUGCCCCACUUCUUCAUCGUUCUCGUCCCAGGAACAAGGAGCUGUGAUCACACCCCACUCCCCCACAUCCACCUCCUCUUCCCUGGGCCAGGGCACAGAGCUCUCGCCCCUCUGCUUCAUCACAGAAGAGAAUGUCAACCUGGUGUGUCAGGCUGAGCUGGACAGCAAAACUGGAGAGCAGCUUAAAGAAACCAACAACAACCACCACCGACCGCAACAAAUCCAGCAGCAGCCCAAGAACUCCUGUAUACAGACUGAAAUCUAAAAUCUCAAUACCUUAAGUGCUGCACAGAUGCUGUUUUUAUUCAACAUCCUGUCCUCCACUAAAUUAACAAUCAGCUUACACUUUAGCCUGCAUUUUCUGGUACUCCCUUGUAAAGGGAACAUGUUAUUUGGGGAUUUGUGUCCUUCAUGAAAAAACGUUUUAGUAAAAUAGAACUCUGUGCCCACUGAGUGUUGAAAGGCUCGCUGGAAGUAUUAAAAGGUUACCAAAGUGCAGCCAUGUGAGAAUAGUUAAGGUUGUGAAUGCUGGUGUUUCUCCCUGUGUGGCCUGCAGACUGCUGACACAUUUCUGACAGUUCACCUUCUAGCCACUUGUAACAGAAGACAGCACACUCAUUUAGAUCUGUGUAGGUUAUGAUAAAACCACGGUGCCAGUUUUGCUACUAUUUGAUUCUGGCUUUUUAAUGCAGAUGCAACACCAUGCAGUAAUCUUAAUGUUUCAGUUCUUGAGGUUGACAACAACAGGGACCAGGCAAUGUGACUCACUAGUUCCUCUUUUUUUUUUCUUUUCAAAAAUGUAUAAGUCGCAGAGGAGCCUUUGUGCUCCUGUCUGUAUUUAUUAUUAGUUUCUUUCUCACCUGGAUGUAUAAUUAUAAUGACUGAGCUCAACAUUGUUAAACAGUUUAGCACUAAAACGGACCUGUAACACAUCCAAUGGUAUCUUUAGAUGUAUGCACAGAUGGCUGUAGACCCUUUGUGGGAAGUGGUGCUUGGCAGCCUGGUAUCCACUGAGUUUUGACCUGUAGCCUGAAAACCCUUAUAUGUGCUUUUAGUGCUAAGAAGACUCUGGGAGCUCAGGCUUUGUUUAGUUCUGUGAAAAGCUUUUGAUGAUAGGUUUGGGGGGUGAGCGUUGAUUUGAGAGAAGGUCUCUGGAAGGCCACAGUUGUCCAGAUAUUAUAUUAACAUUAACCAAUGGGUUGGUCAGUUCUUCAAAAUUAUGAUUUUUUUUACUUUUCAAAGGUGAUUUAUUCAAGCUGAUGGUCUCGCCUCACUGAGUAAGAGAGAGCUUCGAUAUCUUUCUUUGUAAACUCAUGGUGCCUUUAAGAAGUUGUUUGUGUUGUUUGUGUCUCUCUCUCCACUGUGUCUUCAAGACUCCAAACAGCAACUUAUUGUAGGUUACAGAAUGUCUAUCUGUGUAGGGGUUAUGCAUUUACAUACAGAACAUACUGUGGUAGACAUGGUAAAUGAAAACUUUUCAAUUGCCUACCAAAGACAGCACUCAGGCUCUUGUUAAAUCUCAUACCUUUGACUUGUCAGCUGUACACAGUGUGGUGCAUCCUUUUACACCAGGAGAUGAAUGAAGACAAGACCCAGGAUUAUACCGACAUGCAGAACGCUGUUUCAUACACGCUUCACUAAUGCUACGCAAAUAACUGAGGCUGCACAACAGCCAAAGGCACCUGCACUGUUUACUCUAUUUCUUAUUACAUUGAUAUUCUGCAAUGCACAAGGUUGAUAGGGAUACAUAGUUUUGUUUUGGGUUACCUUCUCCUACUGAUUUUCCUGUGAUUCUUGUUGGCAAUCGGUGCUGCUGAGCAGACUUGAAGUCAAAAUCGGUUUCCAGCACUUUUCCCUCUUACAGAGUGUUUUGCUGAUGCCUGUCUUUACAGCUCAGUGGUCAGCUCUAUUGAGGCCACUGAGUCGGAUCAGGUGAACCUCUACCAGGUAGGUAAAAGCAGCCUGAAUGGUAUUUUGACUCUAGGCUGUUACUGAUUGAGUCCUCAAUUUGGUUGGGUGGAUAAGGCUACAAUCUGCAGUCCUCCCUGAAUCCAUACAAAAACAUUAUCUGUUUAUCAUUCUUCACCGAAACAAAAACCUGUUAUUCAUUCUAAUUUGAACACCAGUGCCAGAUAUAAUUUGUAAUUUGUGCAGAAUGGCUUAAGGUAAUUGUAUAUUUGUUUGGUAAUUUGCUUUACUAUAUGCGUGUAAAUGCAUAUCAGAAAAAUAAAAUAUGAUAUAUGA